ACAUGCCUUAACUACUUCACUCCUUUAAUCUAACCCUGUUUAAAUACCAGAUCCUCUCUCUAACUAAGGUAAUUGCUCACAUGAUGCUUAAAACAGUAAAUAAAUUUCCUCACUAAUUCUCACUAAUGAUUUUUUUAGUGUGGGUAUUUUUCCUUAUUUGUGUUUUGUGCGAAAUUGUUCAAAACGUCGAGAAUCCAACGAUGAUCAUCUUGAAUGAUUUAUAGUUUUAUAAAAAGUUUAUACCAAUAACCUCACCUCAGCAUCAAUCUAUCCUAUACCUUUUAUUGCAGUCACCUAGUAUAGAUUUGGAUUUACAUAGGGAUCUGGUAUAAAUCUGAUACAGCAAUUUAUUCACAGAAACAAACAACGACUGACUGAUUGACUAACUAUGAGUUUGGCACUGAACGAUCUAGGAGACAAUAGUUCAUCAUCAUUGCCUCAAGCUCAAGAUCAAUCAACAUCAAAUGAUAUUUCUGCUUCACCUCCCAGCGGCACCAAGAAUUUCUCCAGGACUCCUACAUCUUGGGAUGCUGAAGAUGAUAUACUAUUGAUGCAUCUUAAAGAUCAACAGAAAUUAGGUUGGAAAGAAAUCGCCAGUAAUUUCACCAAUAGAACUCCUAAUGCUUGUCAAUUCAGAUGGAGACGGUUAAAAUCAGGGAAUUUAAAGAAUCCUCCUAAAUCAGCUGCCGCUUUAGGAUCUCAAAUCCCUUCCAGACCAUUAACUGAUCAAGUUAAAAAACCAAAAAAGCAACCCCUAGUAUCAUCUAUAAAACAAGAAACUACAAGUUCUUUUCCAAGUGCUUAUUCUCCCUUAUCAAAUGCCACUUUCACAGGAUAUGAUAAUAAUAUCUCCAAUGCUUUAGCUGGAUUAAACGCAUUAUCCAAUUCUCCUUCUCAUAUUUCAAGCCCACUUCCAAAUUAUCAAAUAUCAUCUCAAACUAAUCCUUCAACGCCAGGUUUAAAUUCACCAAGUUUAAAUCAUCAUAAUAAUAAUAAUGGUCAUCACAACAAUAAUAACAGCGUUAAUAGCGUUAAUAGUAACAAUAACAAUAAUGAAAGUGGAGGUGUUGGUGGACCAGCCCAUCUAAAUCAUACCACUUAUGAAAAUUCCCCUAAAUCAGAAGUAAUAGAUCGAAACAAUGCUCCAGGCAAUAAUGCCACAGGAGGUUAUUAUACUGAUAUUUCAAUCGAUCCAACAAUGAAUUUACCUCAUAAUCAAGCUCAUCCUCAAACUCCAUCCUCUUUAACUCCACGAAAUUCAACUUCUCAAGCUUCAACUAAUACUAAUAAUAACAACAACAACAAUAAUAAUAAUAACGGUAAUACUGGAAGUACAGGUAAUAGUAUCAUUGGUAUAAGUACAAGUUUAAAUCAUAAUAAUUCAAUUAUUCAAAUCGUAAGGGAUGAUAGAAAUUCAGUCACUUCAUUAAGAGCAUCUGUAUCAUCCUUACCUUCUAAAUCAAUGAAUAUUCCUCAUCAUAAUCUGAAUACUUUAGCCCAUUUACCUAUACUAUUUGGUGGUGCUGGUGGUAGUAUAAGUGGUCCAUCCCGAAAUUCAAGUAUAAGUGGAUCAGCUGGUAUUCAACAAACCACUGUUUCAAGUUUAAGAAAUGGUAGUAUUGGAAGUAGUCUGGGAUAUUAUUCCAGAUCGGGAUCAGUGGUUAUUCCUUAUAAUGCUGAUAAAAAGGAUGAAGAUUUAUUUAAAAUAGAAAAGAAGAAAGAUUCAAGUAGUUCAUCAUCUAAGAAAUCGAUUAAAUCAAGAAAGAAUAAAUCAGGUAAUAAAUCUUCCGCCCCAGUUUUAAAUAUUCCUUGGACUAUGGAAGAAGAUGAAUUAUUAAUUAAUCGUCGUAAUCGAGAAUUAUCAUUUGCUGAAUUAUCGAUUCUUUUACCACAAAGAACAGAAGGAGAAAUAUGGUCUCGUAUUGAUCAUUUAGAAAAAUUAAGAACAGGUGGUCAUAGAGCCACUGCUGCUCGUGAACAUAGAAGAAGAAGACAAUCAUCUAUUGGAUUAGAUGAUGUAGAUGAUUUUUAUGAUGUUGACGAUGUCAUUGGUGGAAUGGGUAGUGAAGAAGAAGAUGAUGAGGACGAAGAUGAUGAUGUAUUAGUAGAUGUUGAUGAUUCUAUUGGUGGAUCAAGAAAAAGAAAAAAGAGAAGAGCAAGUUCAGCAGUUAAUCCUUUAACAGUUACAGAUUCUAUAAGAAGAAGAAUAAGAUGAUUUAGAAUUAAAAAAAGAUUAUUCAAAAAAAUAAUAAUAAUAUCAUAUUUGGUGUAAUAAAUAUUUGCCUUGAAGGCAAAGUAAUAGGUUCAAAAAUACUA